AUGGGAGGGUGGAAUGAUGGAGUGUUGAUUUGGGGAGAUUUCAGUAUAUCCGAGGUAGAGGUGGAAGAAUUUUGUUUGGAGGAUGUGUAUGCGGACUUUAAAGGGAGGGUGGUGGGGUUUAUAGGUUGGUUGGAGGGAAAGGAUUCCGUUGUAUGGAAUUACUCCGAGGAUAAGGCUUUUUCGGUAGCAUCUUGUUACAAUUUAUAUAACAAACUUCGCAUUCAUUAUGGCCCCCCUAAUAGGAAUGAUGGAGCUUUUGGGUUGUUGUGGAAAUUGGAAGUCCCAUUCAAAAUCAAGGCUUUCGGUUGGAGAUUAUUUCUUAAUAGGCUACCGGUGAAAGAUUUGUUGAAGAUCCGAGGUAUUUCUAUCUCUUUGGAUGAUUCAAAGUGCUUGUUUUGUGGUUAUUGUUUGGAAACUAGUAAUAAUUUAUUUUUUAGUUGUUUGGUGGUGAAAAAUAUUUGGAGUGAGGUAGCUAUUUGGGUUGGUAAAGGGGAUAGGGUAGAUGAUGAGUGUUUGUCGAAUUUUAUGGAUUGGCACUUAUUUUUUCAUAGUAAAAAAGUGAAAGAUAGGAAGUUGGGUGUGGUAUGGCUAGCUACCACUUAUUUGGUCGAUUAG